AACUCGCCUGCAACCCGGUGUACAAAUUACGAAAUGGAUGAAGAAAUGAUUGGAUGAAGAGUUGCUAUGCCUGCAGUGGCCUCACAGGGGGCGCUGUGCACCGGCAAACAAUGCAAAACAAACCCACCUGGGGGUUAUCUCAUAGAGCCUUCGAUCGAUAUUCAAUCUGAACCCAAUUCCAAGACCCCACCAGAGUCCCCCACUCCCACCCGCUCUCUCUUCUGUGUCUCUUCCUCCCUAUCCUCUCCGUCGUGAAUUUUUCCCACUUCAAGGCAACAGGUUCUCCCCAAAUCCCAGUCGCUUAGACGCCAUUGAGGAGGAAGUUGGCGAGCGUGGAAUGGGUUAACGGCGUCGAUCCAAUCAGCCCGUCAUCGGAACCGCGAGAGUGGAGGCAAAAAAAAAGAAAGGGAGGGUUUGUGAGGAAAAGGGGAGAGCAUCGCUUCCUCGUGAAGCCGCUUGACGCGCACCAUCAGCCAGCUUUUUGUUGGCGUGUCCACAUCGGCUCCAUCAUCACCACCAGUCCCAAAAAUCCACAAUGAAGGACCGCAUGCAAGAACUUCGACAUGGGAAGGAGACGACGGAAGAGGAGGAUGAAGUGGCCGUGGGGAUGGACAAAGGAUUUAUGGAUGAAUUCUUUGAGCAGGUGGAGGAAAUCCGAGGUUUCAUCGAGACACUGGCGGAGAAAGUCGAGGAGGUGAAGAGGAAACACAGUGCCAUCCUUGCGUCACCAAACCCUGAUGAGAAAACAAAGGCCGACUUGGAAGAUCUAAUGGCGGACAUCAAGAAACUGGCCAACAAAGUGCGCUCCAAAUUAAAGAGCAUUUUGCACACUAUCGAGCAGGAAGAAAGUCAGAACAGGUCGUCGGCCGAUUUGAGGAUACGCAAGACACAGCACUCAACAUUGUCACGCAAGUUUGUGGAGGUGAUGUCCGAGUACAACGCCACCCAGUCGGACUACAGGGAGCGCUGCAAGGGUCGCAUUCAGAGGCAGCUGGAGAUCACUGGAAGAAAUACGACCAAUGAGGAGCUGGAAAGCAUGCUGGAAAGUGACAAUCCUGCUAUCUUCACGUCGGGGAUCAUCAUGGACAACAUCACCCAGCAGGCCAUGAACGAGAUCGAGACACGGCACAACGAGAUCAUCAAACUAGAAAACAGCAUCCGAGAACUGCACGACAUGUUCAUGGACAUGGCCAUGUUGGUGGAGAGCCAGGGCGAGCUGGUGAACAACAUUGAGCGCAGUGUGUGGGAGGCACACAACUACGUGGAGCAAGCAAAAGACACCAUCCCCAAAUGCAAGAAGUUUAAAAAGACCAGCAGGCGGAAGAUCCUCCUAAUAGGAGGCUGUAUCGCUGUUUGCUUGAGCGUCCUCAUAAUUUCUCUGGCGGUUGGCCUCAGUUAGGACACGAGAAGACACUUGCGCAACAUUCCAGCCCACGUGACCAACGUAACGAGGGCCCUUUUUAUUGUACCCAAGCUUUAAAUGGACUUUGUGCUGCUGGCACAAUGAAUUACCCUUAGAUGUUAAACAACGUUUAAAAGAUAACACAAUUCCCACUGCGUGAUUCGCACGCCUACAACAAACCUGUAACACGCAUGACUCCUGCAGAGCUUUUGCAUGUUGCAUGACCAAACUUUCUAGAGAACACAUUUUUUAUGUGGAAAAUUCAUUGCAUGGAUUUUAUACUGUAAACACUCCAGCAAUACAUGCAAAUAAUCGCAGAUUUUUUUUUGUCUUAUUGUACUUUUAAUUUAUGGUAUGAGCAAAAGUAUCGGGACGCUGCUUCAUCAAGAUCAACAUCUGUGCAAAACCUUUCCACACUUGGCCACCAGGUGGCAGCCUAAGACACACAGGCUGGUGGGAUAAUAGUCAUGGACAACAUAUGAAGUGAAUCGAAGUCCCAAUACUUUUGCAUCUGCGCAGUAGACUAGCACUUGUGUUUGCUUAUUAAAUUUUCUAACAUGUUGUCAUUUGCUCCCUACUCGCUGCCCCGGAUGACUGAUGCUCUCCUUUUGUCUUCUUUUCUUGGUCAAAUAGAAGAAAAUAAUGAUUAUUAUAUGCUGUGUGAUUCUGGGAAUCAUCAUUGCGUCUGCCGUGGGAGGCACGCUGGCCUAAACAUCUACAAACACACGCACGGCAAAAACACACACGUUCUCAUUUGCCAUGAAUGCAAACGUAUUACGCAAUGUUGACACACGACGGCGACAUAUUUUGGCAUGAGUUUUGUAUUUUGUAAAAUUUCAAAAUAUGUGGUGCUCCAAAUGUUUUGAGUGUUGUCAACGAUAGCGAAUUCUUGCUGUGGAAAAAGUUACAAAAUGUACCACUCUAUACAUUCCAAGUUUGACAAUAAUACUAACUUGUCUGUUUUGUGUGUGGGCAAAUGCGACAGUCUUCUAAAAUACUUCCCCCCCCCCCCAGCCACAUUUAUUGACAGUUUUUCUUUUACUUUUUAUCCAAUGUCUCCAAAGGAGUAUAGCGUUUCGAGCGGUGACGUCACGCUUCCCACAAUGCACUGUGCCAAAUGUAAACAACGCCAUUUUGAUUUAAAAAAAAAUUGGCACUAAUUUCGGAUCGAACCCUGCACACUGUGAAGCGGACGUGCUAAUCAGUUCCCCACCAAUAUAUUAGUCUAGAAAAAAAUCUUUAAAGAUCGAAAAUAUACAACUUUAAUCUCUACAAUAUAACUUGACACUAAGUAUUUGAAUCUUUUUGUUUUCCAAACUACAACUUUAUUCUCUUCACAUUAAUACUCUAUGAUAAUGUCUGACUUUCUCAUAGAUACAUUACUUUAUUCUCAUGUGGUCAUAAUUGACGGUCAUAAUUUUAACCUUCAAGUUUUUCUUUUUUUACUUUUCUGGGUGGCCCGAACGCUCCUUUGUACUUCCUCUCCCUCCCUUGCAAAACAACGACGGCAAAAAUCCUGCAUGGUUAAGUUUGGUGUCAAACUGUCUUGCAAAAAGAUCUGAGAGGCAAAAAUGCUCCUGCGCUUUAUUUUCAACUUCCCCUUGUUUUGACGAUCUUAGACUGUUUGCUCAAGUGGUGAGUACCUGAGCGCAUGUGGAAAUAGCACCGUGUUGUUUUGUCAAGACAUGUUGAAUGCAAGGGAUGAAAGGAUUGCUUGCCACCUUGUUUUGUGCUGUGGAAGCGUCUUAACACUGCCAGUAUGUUCAAAAAACAAAAAAACAUGUCCGCCCUGGUCAAGCUGUUUGAUGACCCAAUUUCUUGUGAGUGUGUCUUUUGAUAACCCUCAAGCUUUAAACGUCCAUUAUGUAGGUUCGCACUCGAAGAUGUCAGCAUGAAGU